AUGGAUACUCCAGUUACUCCCCCCUCUAUAUACAUUGACCUAGAAGGUAUGAACCUCGGGCGAGAGGGCCGGAUCUCUACUAUUCAGAUAUUCUUAUACCCACAUAUUCAUGUCUACUUAGUAGACAUUCAUACUCUCGGGGCCACAGCGUUUAAUCAUGCAACAACUACGGGCACCACUCUUCGAUCCAUCCUGGAAUCAUUUAUGAUUCCCAAAGUCUUCUUCGAUGUCCGGAACGACUCUGCAGCCAUGUUCCAUCAGUAUCAGGUAGAAUUGGCAGGCGUCCAUGACCUUCAGGUCAUGGAGAUGGGCAUCAGGCCACAUCCCGGGAAGUACUUGGCCGGGCUGAGAAAGUGCAUCUCGCGGGAUGUACCCAUGACCCAAGCCGAUAAGGCUAACUGGUCAGCUACGAAAGAGAUAGGGAAGACACUCUUCUCACCGCAGCAUGGAGGCUCGUUUGAGGUGUUUGAAGCUCGGCCAUUGCCAGAGGAAAUAGUUCAAUACUAUGUACAGGAUGUACUCUUUCUGCCUAAGAUGUGGCAGAUAUACAACCAAGCACUUACCCCGACCUCGAGAGAGAGAGUAGAAAUUGAAGUGAAAAAUAGAGUCAGACUUAGCCAAUCUUCGCAGUUUAUUGGGAAGGGGAGCCAUUUGGUUUUAGCUCCCCAACUCUGGGAGACUGUACCGGAGUGUCCGAGUUCCUGGCUCUGACUGCAUCAUCAAAACAUAGUGAUUCACAAACCGAUGAUAGUU